AAUUAAAAUGUCCUCCGUGAAAGACGAGAGUAAACAGUACAUGACAGUGAAGGAUUUGCAGAAAGUUUUGGACUCGUGCAAUCUACAGCUACAUCAAGUGGAUGAGGUUUGGCCCAACAUCUACAUCGGGAAUGUACACGUAGCCCAGAACAGGAGUGCUUUGCAGAAACUAGGUAUUACUCAUGUGUUGAACGCUGCCCAUUCCAAACGAGGCAGCAUUGGGGACCAAAGAUUUUACGGCAACGACAUCGUGUAUUGUGGCAUUCCCGCUGAUGAUUCCACCUACUUUGACAUCGACGUUUACUUCAAACCUGCUGCCGAUUUCAUUCACAAGGCACUGAAAUCUCCAGAUGGCAAGGUUCUAGUGCACUGCAUCAUGGGCCUGAGCCGGUCCUCAACCUUAGUGCUGGCCUACCUCAUGAUCCACCGUCACCUCCCCCUCCGUCGGGCCCUGAAGAACCUGGUGAAGAAGAGAGCCAUCUACCCCAACCGCAACUUCCUGGCUCUGCUGCUGGACCUCGACCUGCAGCUGAAGAGAAAGGAAAGAACGUGUGACAUCCUGUAAUCUGCCGAGACAUGCUUUGUAUGGAACUCUUUAUUCAGUGGUCAGUGCACACGAGAAACCCACAGCCUCUCUCUUAGUAACCAGGAGUCUGAGCACCACUGGGUACUAUGUUAUCUGCUGUGAGUACACAGAGCAACAGCAGCGGAUGAUAAGAACGCAUGAGGCAACACUUUGGGGGGAAUAUUGGGGCCAUGGACUGCCGUUUUUCAUUUUGUACAAUGAUCUAGCGUUGAUCAGUGUUAACAAAAUGGACCAAAACUAUUAACAGGACACUUGACUAUUCACUUGUUGUUGGUAUUUAAUGUUCGCUGUGCUCAGAUGUUUUUGAUAAAUCAUAAAAUCGAUGCAGCUCAGAAGAGAAAA